AUGCCAGGGAUCCAUGUGAACAUGGGAUUAUCACCUUGUUACAAACUGAAGGCUACACAUGACACUGCUGAAACGGUUGAGGCAUGCCUUAGCAGUGACGGAGAUAAUCAUGACAACCAAGAAGUCAAAGUGGUGAUUAGUUUGGCGGAAGAAGACAACGAGGAUCACUGGCUUCUUGAAACGGCUCGGCUGUGGGUAGGCGACAACAUUACCAAAGUUUCUUCAAUUCAGCAAACCCCAGGGGAACCCUCACUACUGCUUCAGGCCAAAAGCAUUGCGUCCAAGACAACCCAGUUUACGUUGCCAUUGCUGGAUAAGCUAGACUUCAGUUGUCCUGAUGAAGGACGACUCUUCUGGAUGUCUCUUAACGUCACUGGUACAAAUGAAAACAGCAAUGAAACAAUCCACUGGAAUCUGGUACACCACAAGGACAAUGUUUUCCCACAAACAUCCCAUGUCACAUCAUUUGCACUGAGCUGUCACGCAGUGGAUGUUGCUGAUGAAUUAACUCCACCAGUUCAGCUUCAAUCUCCUUUUUCAAAGACGAACCAGCAGCAUCGCCGCGGUCAAGACAACUGCCCUGCCUUGUAUCCUGCUCCCGAGGAUAUAGUUUUGAGUCUCACCAAACCAUUUAUGAGACGGGCCAACUACACAUUGGGUCUGUCCACACUGGCAAAUCGAGGAGUUUCAGGACCCAUUGAAGACAACAUUGAAGAACAGCGAAAGCUCUGGGAGUUCUUUGAUGGUUGGAGCGAUAUCGACGAUCAAACAGUGGUGGCAAAGCCAUUUGAUAUGGAUGUGUGCUUUGCUGUAUUCUCUUCAGUGCAGGGCAUCAAUCCAUUUGAUCAGUGGCAAAACAUCAAUCCUUUCACCAUUCAAAUCCCUAAUACCAACUGCAUUGUUCGAAGAGGCUUCUGGGCAGCUUACAAAUCAAUUAAAUUCUACACAAAAUUUAGAGCAGCUUUGAACAAGUGCCUGGCCAUUUGCGAUGGGGGAUGCGACAUGAUUUUCGGAGGACACUCUCAAGGUGGAGCCGCGGCUAUCGUGGCGUCCAUUGAUUUGAUUGAGUUAGAUCCCAUUGAGAUCAUUACAUUUGGAAAUCCCCGAGCCAUUGUGAGAAGCCAAAAGUGUACAGCUCCCGAUCCAUCCCGGUACUUUCGAUUCCUCAACACGAACAUUGGCCGUAGAUACGACUAUGCCCCUUUCCAAAUCAACAUCUUCAAUGAACGCCACAUUGGGACUCCCAUGUUGUUGGACGAUGUCAAUUUUCCCUUGUCUUCCCCCUUGGAUGACAAUUCAUGUCGAUUUCCCUGUGACUUGGAUCUUCAUGAACGUGAAAUUUAUUUGGAGCGCGUCACAGCCAUGUUGACAAGAGACUGCUGGCCCAUUCCCGUUGCCCGUUGGACAGCUGGCCAUUACUGUUCCUACGAUGAUGAGUGUCAGUCAUUGCAGUGUCAACAGCGGUCCUGCAGGGAUGGGAUCAGGUGA